CCUCCUCGACUCGGUUGGUUACUCGUCAGUCAGUGAGCUUGUAAAGCUGCGGUGGCUCGUUGGUGGCGCCGAUACUGUGCUCCACGGAUCGACAUGCAUGCUAGUUGCUGCCAACCCUGCAGCAGGAGCAGAGCCCGGCCGGCUGGCAUUUGGCAAUACGGCUCUGUGCGCGCGCCAGGACUGCGGUUGCAGCCUGCCUGCAGCUUUUCUCGUGAUGAAGAAAGAAAGCAAAGCACAGCAAUCAAAUCCUAGGCCUCGGCUCGGCUCAUCUGCAUUAUUGAUCGGCUUCUGUUCCUUGUGCUGGGUGGCCGGCGAGGUAAGUAAAUACUCACUCACUCAGCUUGUGAUCCACGAGCUCUCCUUAAUCCAUGCCGAUGUCUGUGCUUUGGUUUCUGGGGGCCGUCAGAUCUGGGCGAUUGGACGGUUAGUUGGCCGUCUCUCACGUGCCCCUGCUUCCUCGUCCUGCACUGCGCUGCGCUGCCCUCCCAGGGCCUGGCUGCCUGUGCCUGUGGCUCUGUGUGUGGUGCGAAGCACUGAUUAAAGCUGCCCCAUUUUGAUACGGUCGCAACGGUGCAUGGUACCCUCUAGCAUAGCAUAGCAGCAGCCGUGGUGUGGUAGCAGCCAGUAGCCAGUUUCAGUCCCAGUUCCUUUCUUUCAAAAAAAAAAAAUAUAUAUAAUCCCCAGCCACUUCAUCAACAA